CAGGUGCGGCCGCGGAGAGAGGACGGUGACAGAGGGAAUCUGUUUUUAAAUCCUUUAUAUUAAGUUCGCUUGCUUGCUUACGACCGUGCAAAUCUUUCGGUAGUUUUUUAACCCACUUCCCGUGAUCCAAUCGAGCUGACAUUUUCCACACAGACUCGUUGUGCGUAACAAUUAAUGUUCGUGAAAUUUUUUUUCCAAAAUUUUACACUUUUUAGGACAAAAAUAUUAUAUUUAAUUACCAAUUGCUUAAUGGUGCAAUGCAAUCAUCUGACCCAUAGGUGGCAGCCAUCUCAAGCCAGAGGACGAGAGGACUCUAGCCGCCACGCAUAUCUUAAACAACUAAGCUGGUUUGGUCUUCUGCGUGCGUGUCUGGACGUUUAUUUAUUUAUUUACGCGCUCCCGCGAUUGGACAAAACCUAGACAGCUCAUUUUGAUUCGCUAAAAAUAUAUUAAACAGCCGGAAGAGAGCCAAAGCUCACUUAGAUUCGAUAAAAAUAAAUAUAUUAACCUGCCGGAGGCGAGCGUCUCUUCGGUCAACAUUUCACCUACUUUCACGCAACACCAUAAUCGGAGUGAUGAUCGCAACGGAAAAUCUACUGUGGGUACAGUGUUGCUGUUGCACCCGCCGAACACUGCGUCCUGGUGGCGAUAUCUCGCCAACGAAGAACGUCCGUGGGUGCAACCAAGAACCCUCCACUAAUUAGAUAGCCACAUACAUUUUACAUUCCAGAACUUUCUAUUAAAUCUGUUCAUUAUUCUUGCUGGCGUUCGGUUCGAUGGCCCAGUGGCCAAAACUGACCACUCUUUCGGAUGCAGCUCCAUCAAUAUUGCGCCCAUUCCCUUCAACCCACUGUGCUUAAUCUUGCAUUGGGCCUAUACAAGUGUGUGCAAAGUGGCCCAGCACAGUUCACGGCCCUACAUAUUACAAAACCAGCGCUCGAUAAAUUCUGUCGGUGUCGCCUUCUAUCUAAUUGGACAAAUAAAUUAUCCCUUACAUUUCAUUGGCUGAAAGUGGGCUGCGUGCUUUUGGCCGGCAGCACGCGUCAGUCAGUCAGUCGUCGAUUACAAAUAAAGCAGAAGCACACAGAACGUAAGCGGUGUGUCAUAGCAUAGGUCUGCCAAGGUCUGCACCGCAGUGCUGCAGUGCACUGUGGCCGCAGACCCUGCGCUGUGUGAGUGUGCUGUGUAUGCAAGUGUGCGAAUGGUUGUUACGGUCAUAUACGUUUAUUUAUGUUACAAAAUGCCUGCUGUUGCGUGCUGCGAUUAGUCGAGUCCCCAAACAACUUUACCUUACGAGUAGCCAGGGCUCGCUAUACGGUGAGUCUUCGCGGACUGAGCUGCCAGCUUCACCUGCCGGGACCACGGCCAGUUGCGUAGCGCCCCCUACAGUUUCUGGACUUUCGCCCAUGGCUCAAUACCCCCAUGGGGCAACGGAGCUCACUGUUUCAUGGGUACAAUGGUUACUUUUCGCUUCAUCUGGCUUAUUACCAUUUAGAUGUAUUGACGUUGAUCACGUCCCCAUGGACGCCAUAACACCGACAAAUAACAUUUUCAAAAUAAAAAAACAGGUGGCCCCAUAGCGGAUCUGUGUGUGUACAUACAGACGGAGGAUGCAGGGGCCAACCUGUGUGCGACCGGAACGGUGCCAUUGCUGACCAAUGUCACUGUGGCUGGCGCACACGCUCACGCACACCGGAGCUGUGUUUUUGCAAUGCAAGGGCAUGGUGGAUGGUGGAGCGCAUAUCGAUGCUGUGUUACGAAUUAAAUAAAAAAAACCGCUGCAUCUGUAAGUGUGCCAGUGUGCGCUUAUGGUGGAUAGUGGUGCGUGCGGAAGUGAGGGUCAUCUUUGGGUAAAAAAUACAUUCUGAACGCGCAAGAACAUAGCUGGCGGUCACGUAGGGACUUGGUAGCGAGCAGGGUAGAGGCACUGCGUGUAUUAUAUCUGUCGUCACAACGUUUGUGCGUCAGUCGGGGGGACUUUAUCUGCCAGUACCGGUGCGCAACAGUACAGCGAGAUAUAUUCUACAGUGCUUCAGAUGUCACGGACUGAGAGGCAACGCGGUUUACAUAGGCUUUCUGUCUAACGCGUCACGUUUGUGUACGCACACUUCCGGAUAUCUCACCACAGCCACCACGAUUACUACAAGCACUGGUCGUGGAACACGGAGAGGGUGCCUAAGCUGCUCAACUAUUUCAUACUCACUCUCACCUAGGAUAAUGCUUCAUCCAAAUCCCUAUAGCAAGCGAAACAGAGACACACGAGAGGAGCUCGAGGAUGCUUUGCACAAAAACGAAAUCGUACAUGCAACUCCUGCCGCCACCGAGCCCAAAGAGGUCAAAGAUCGUCGCCGCAAUCGCCGCCGAAUGAAGCGAUUUCGGUUGAAUAAGCCAAAGUGAGAGCUUUACUUGGGGAAUGCUAUCGAUGAAGGGCGCAUAGCAACCAACGCUGGCAACGACGCAAUGGAUCAACCAAGUCAUAUGCAGGAUGUCCUCAUGGACGUACACGAUCAUGUCAUUUCUCCCGGCGACUUCCACGUGGACCUUGAAGAAGGUAAGCAAGAAGAAGACGACCCUAACUUUGUCAUUGCUCGAGCCGCAGCGCGGGAGGAUCCACAACUUACACUAGGCCUUCAGGAGUUGCGUCGCCUAAAGCGACGUGCUGAGCAAUCUCUGUUUCAACAAAAUGCUGAGCGAGCGCAUCGUGCUGCGCUGGAGGCCCAGCGUCGUUCCAGAAUGACUGCCGAGCGACUACUGGAUGAACGAUAUCGUCGCAGUAUCUCGGAAGCUGAGCGGCGCCGAAGGUUGACGGAACAGCAGCAAGACGAAGAACGACGUCGCCACAAUGUGCUGGAAGCAGAGCGCCGCGGGAGGUUGACGGAAGAACAGCAGGAGGAAGCGCGUCGACGCCAUGCUGAGCUGGAAGCUGAACGUCUCGCCAGGAUGACGGAAGAACAACUAGAGGAGAUGCGACAGCGCCAGUCCCAACGGCAAAUGGAGAGGACAGAAAACGAAGUCGAGGAGACGCUGGAACAGCGACGCGUUCAACGGCGAACCAAGCGCUACAAGGCCGCCCUCGCCAACCAAGACGAGUUUGAAGUCUCCAGAGUUUCGGGGAAGAAUAUCGCAGGAAGACACAAACUACCAGAGCCAACUUCGGUUUGCUCAAAGUGUCGAGCAUGGAAGUGGCCGGGCGAGUCUUCGAUCACAUGCUGCAUUGACGGCAAGGUCGCUCUUCCGCCACUCCAGCCUGCACCGGCCAUUCUACGCAAGUGGUACCAAGAUGAAGAGUUUCUGAAGCAGAUACGCAUGUACAAUCAAGUGUUUGCAUUUACGUCGCUUGGUGCGUCUUUAAGCAAUCGCCGCUUCAACCCAGUAGCAGAAGAUCAAAGUGUCCAAGGGCAGAGAGGCGUGUAUACAUACCGUAUCCAAGGAACGAUGGGCCAUUUCUUGGGAUCUUUGUUACCAUAUACGGAUCAAGCCGGUCAGACAACGAAGCCCAAGUUUGCACAGAUUUACGUGUACGAUCCAGAUGUGGAAGCACGAGUGGCUCGCCGACGGGAUUUUUUGUGGCCUGAACAGAGUCGCGCUGUUGGACUUGGAGCACAUGUUGGAGACGUGCAACGUGUUUGCGCUAGUCAGCGGAUGAGAAGCAUGAUCGAAGCCGGCGACAACCCCGUCAACGUCGUGUUUCGCCUGCGUGCAAACAACUAUGCGGGACCCCGCACGCACAAUCUCCCCACCGCCACGGAGGUUGCUGCUGUGUUGGUUGAUGACGGCAACGCGGCGAAUAACCGAGACUUUCUUCUCUUCCCACGGUCAGGUGGCCUUUUGCGACUGUUCGAAACCCAUUCGAUCUACGAUUCACUUCAAUGUCCUCUCUUGCUCCCUCUCGGGGAACUGGGUUGGACGUACACGGAUGAGUACAUGAACGGCACUACGUAUCGGAACAAGACGCGAAUGGCGCUUCGCGGGACCUGACGACGAGGAGGAAGACGGAGUGUACACGAAGAAUAUCGUGUAUCGCCAGAUAUUUGAAUAAGUUGCAUUCUAUAUUUCAAUUACUUGCAUUCUUGAAUAUUGUCGAUUGAGCGUCUCAUAAAAAUACAUAUAACCUCACAAAAAUAAACAUUCAACAAUCACCAAAACAUGUAUAUUGUGUCCAGCCACCUUCAACUCCCCACCAACCAAGCAUAUACACACCGCCCGCUUCGCGGGCGGCAACUGCUAGUAAAGGAUUUAUAGUGAAAAAC